AUGGAAGACCCGAGGAUCUUGCACAUCAUAUUGUUGGUCCAACCGGGAAUUGAUCCGGAAACAAAAAUAUGUAUCAGUUACAAUUCUCUUGAAGAAUGCAUGAAUGGAAUUUGUGGGUUCUAUGAAGCAUGUCUGAUGAACUUAAAUCCAACUGUCACAACUUUUACGUAUGAAAUAAUUCAGCUGUUUGAUUUUCUUGACAAUCUAACACAUAUUUCAUGUCUUGUGUAUCAACCAGAUACCAUGAUGUAUGUCCAAUUCGACAAACAAAUGAUAAAAGUGGAGUUAUUUAUCCAACUGGGAUGUCAAACUAAUCAACGUCCAUAA